CAAGCUAACCAGGAGGCAGCGAAGGCACCAUCGUCAUACCUUACAGUUUGACCAUUAGUAGCAGUUAGCUGUUUAGCUAGCUUGCAGGUUAGUUGGUGAGUUAACGAUGUCUGACUGGGAAGAUGAGUACGAGGACGGUGUUGCUAUCCAGAAACCUACAUCUAAUUCAGCCCCGACUGAAAGUAAAUCGCAACCAAAUGAAAGCCCAAAGGGAAAUGUAUAUUUUGGUGGAAAAAACGGCGCCAGGUUUGGUGGUCCAAGGGAGUGUAGGGCUCGUCAUGGCGGAGAGGUCAUGAGCGAAGGCUGGACCGCGGACAGCAGGGGCCCGCCGAGAAGAGGAGCACAUGGCGACAAAAAGUCCGACUGCAGCCCACCUGUGACCAUGGCAGUGGCAAUUUCAUUAGUUGGGAGAGUAAUAGGUUGGUCUAUUUAUUAAUAACUUUCUCUUUGCUACACAACCGUGGCUCAAUUUUGAGUUGAUGUCAGGAGUUACCUUGAAUGAGCAGCUGCUUGUUAACUUUAGCCUAGCUUCACUUUUAUCACCUCCGUAAAGCCCUGCAAGCAAUUGAAGGGCCUUCGAGUGAAUACAGCCCCCUUUAAGUUUGUCAGAGGCCAUUUUAUGUUUCUUCUUCAUGAAAGGAGAUGUUAUUUUACAUUAUAAUUUAUUCCAGUGUUGUUUCAGGUCGUGGAGGAGCAAAAAUUCGCGAGCUUGAAGAGUGUAGUGGUGCAAGAAUCAAGGCAAGUUAAUUUAUAAAAAUCCACCCAACUGCUGGUGUUUAACAACAUACACUGUGAAAAUUAAUGUAUUUCCUUUUUUUUCUCUUACCUUUAAGUUAUGUCAAGGGGAUGACGUACUAAAUGCAAACUGCAUGUAUUUAUUUGCCUGGGGUCUGCGGAAGGAUUAGAAAUACAGACUAUUGCAGUGCUUUCAGUCUGAGUAAACUCAUGUCAACAAUGUAAAUGUAAAACAACAAAAAAAAAAACGUUAAAGCUUGACUUUGUCUUCACAUUUUCAACACUUUCUUUUUUGAUAUAUGCCCUUCAAAUAAAUCUGCAAUCAACAGUUUAAUGUACUUUGUAAUUUAUCAGGACUAUUGCAAAGUCCCCUAACAUUGAAAAAGACAAAAACCAAAUGGGAAGCAUUUCAAAAGUUGUACAAAAAGAGCAUCUUUAAUGUAGAUAGGAUUGGAACAAUAGAGGAAAGAGCUCUUUUUUUAUAUAUAUUUAAAACGGUAUCCCUUUUGUUUUGCCUCUUUAACUACUUUUUUUAUCGUCAAACUCACAAUGGGGUGUUUUUGAUAACACAAUAAAAGCACAACUAGAAUUGAAGUGAAAUUUAAAUUAAUCCCCAAUUGUAGAAUAACUUUUUGAAAACACCGGAAAGUUCAGUAUCUUUGCAAGAUAAUUCAAUUUAAUUCAUGAUUUUUGUAACUGAUAAAACAGUGUUGUGAUGGGUUAGUAUGAAUUAGAUGUGGGUUUUUUUUGUAAGGUUCCCACAUAAACAGCUUUCUGUUUUGGCCACAUAUUCUUUUGCAUCUUCAUUUGCCCUAUAUUUGUAUUUGUUUAAAAAAAAAUAAUAAGGUUUAACUGUAUUUGACUCCUGUGCUACAGAGUAAUGUUUUUUAUUUAUAUAUUUGAAAACAUAGUUUUUUGCAUGUGUAAGUGCUAUUCUUUUUCCAGAUAAACAAAGGAGACUAUGACGGCGAAGUGCUCAUAUUUGGAACCUCUGCUGCUCAGCAAAAGGCCAAAGAGAUGAUUGAAGAACUGGUGACAGGUGGCAGCUUUCAGUUUCAUGGCGGUAAGAAGUUGUUUCUUCUUUAAACAAGAACCUCAGUGCUGGCAGUUUAGAAUUAAGGCAAACGGAUCCUCACACAAAUCUGAUUACAUCAGUAUAGUCAGUACAUCCAAAAUUUAAGUGUUUAUAGUGAAUCUAUAAAGUGGUAAAAUUCAGGGUGGAUAAAAAUACACCUGUGUUUGUACAAAUAUCUAUCACUCAUGCGCACUAGCACUUAAUUUUAAUUUGGUUUAAAAUUCGGAUUUAAUGUAGAAUAAUCUAGAAUAAUCUGUUUUUCAGGUCCAGGUAAGGGGGUGGAUUACCAUGGAGAAAAAGGAGGUGAUGCUGGUGCAAGAGGAGGCUCUGUGUGGUCUACUGCGGCAGUGCAGGCUGCAAACACAGCCCCGCCGCGUGAGUCCAUAGACUGGAGUGACAUUCGGGAGAACAAGGAAAAGUAUGCAGCGCUCAAGUGGAAGGGUGAGGGCAUGUAUUUCAACUUAAAUUCGUCUACUACAUCCUGCCAAGAUGUUGUUUUCGUAGAUUUUGCAGGACUACAGGAUGUUGAAUUUUAAAAUAAACAAUGUCUCAGUGCUACAGAAUGGAGGACCCUAAUCUUUUAUAACCAGUUUAGGGAUGUUCUCAACCUGGAAGAUCAUUAGAAAGAAAAGCAGUCCUUUCCACUUUUGAGCAAGAGUAAGUAUAGUUUGAAAGAUAUUGAUUCCAAUCUAGCUCUUUAACCCUUUUGUAAAGCUGUGGCUAAAAUCAGCCACUAGGGGCAAAAUUCAGCCACUAAUUUCCAUGUAACUUUUUUUUACUGCAGCAAAUGGGAUGAUUUUUUGUGCAGAUGCUUAUAUUGAUGGACACUUUGAGAAUAUGACUUCAAAAUUUUUACCAAGUCAAAUAUAUGCGCUGGGCAAAUUUCCGUUGUUAACGCUCAGUGGCUAAAAACAGCCACGAACUUUGACUGCUGCAAAAACAUAUUGGGUUAAUAUUUUUUACCAUUUUUUUCAUAUAUCUCUUAAUUAACUUCUGCUUUGAUCAAAACUAGUAAAUGUUUUAUCUAAAAACAAAUUUUUAACCCUUUGAGGGUCCAUUCAAAAUAUAAUGUCACCGAUAUGGUAGAAAAUAAGUCUAAUAAAAAUCAGUCAUUUUCCUCCCAUUUUUUUUCCCAAUAUUAGUGACUUUAUGUUUUAAAUGGGUCCUUGAAGGGUUAAAAUUUGGAUUCUUAAUGAAACAUUUACUAGUUUUGAAUAGAGCAGAAGUUAAUUCAGAGAUAUAUGAAAAAAAAUCUGGAAAAAUAUGAAUCCAAUAUGUUUUUACAGCAGUCAAUGUCAGUGGCUGUUUCUAGCCACUGAGCGUUAAGAAAGGAUGUAAAUCUACACAUAUGGUUCUUACUGAGUCUCUAUUUUAAUCACGAAAUGACAAAAUCAAAAGCUAAUGUGACAUGAAAAACUUCUGCUGUUUUUAGUAAAGAGCCUUUUUUAUUUUAUGAUAACUUUUUUAUUUAAAACCCUGAAAGAGCCUGCUGCAACAAAAGUAUUACCAGUAUUUUAAAUGCUCUAGAAAAAUCUGCUUUGUCUUUAUUUAACUCAUGAAAUCCCCCAAGUAACCCAUGCUGAACAUUCUGGUGCAGUCUCAUGCCAUUUAACUAUUCCUGUCUUUUAUUGCAUUUAACCAGUCCUGACUGCAUUUCCUGAACGAAUUAUUAAGAGCUUCAUUUAUGGUUAUUCCCAUAUCAAUUAUGGAGAUACUGAAAAUAGAAAAAUCUGGGUUCAUAAAAAUAUUGUCAGUCUGAUUUGAUCUCAGUUAUAGAUGAAACUACUUGAAUGUAGAUGUAACAUUACUGCUCUUGGACACCAGAGGGUGGUAUUGAAAAAAGAAAAGUCAGAAUGUGUUCCAUGUAUUCCAUGUGGUCUUUUUAGUUUAUGUUUCCCUGUGAAUUUUUCUUACAGGAAAAAUGGAUGUCGAUUCUUAUGGGUAAAACACGGUGUGCGAGCUUGUUGGUUUAAAUGAAGUUGUGCCAUGGAUUGACUUGUGCAUCAAUAAUAAUAUGAAAUAGGUGUCAUGUGUCAAUCAAUAAUCAAUUUGAUCUUUUUUUUUAUUAUACUUUAGACCUCCCACCAAUGAAGAAACAGUUUUAUACUGAAGCAGAGAGUGUUUCCAGGCUCACUGAGGAGGAGGUCUGUCAAUGGAGGUAAAUCCAACUGAGUCACAUCACUAUAUGAGGGUAAAAGUUCCUAUGAUCCUAUAUGUAGAGGCAAGAUAUCCUCAGUCGUGUCACUGAAAGGCUCUACACAACCUAAACCCUCACUUUUUCUUGUUUUUGUUGUGUUUGUGUGCACACGCAGGAAAGAGAAUAACAAUAUUUUUGUGGAUGACCUGAAGGAAGAGGGAGAAAAGCGACCCUUUCCCAAUCCCUGCCGCACCUUUCUGGAGGCAUUUGAGCCCUAUCCAGAGAUCAUGGAAAAUAUUGAGCAUGUCGGCUUCGUCAAACCAACUCCAAUACAGGUAUGAGUUGGGUCAAGUUUUCACAAAAGUUACUCAGUUUUACUACAAAAUGUAAUUUCAACAAAAGACAGUAAUUCUCCCUUGAUGGACAUAAUGAUGAAUACAUAGAUUUUCUAUACAGUCUAUGAUUUAGACUAAUAGAUUUAUGUGCAAGUGUGGUAUAGACACCAAGUCCCUGCUGUCACAUUAGUUCUUUUGAUUGGUCAAAAGCAAAAAAACGCAGGCAGGUGAAUUGCGGAAAAGGCAAGAAAGACUAACAGAGCAAAUCAUCAAGCCAGUGACAUGUUUGAAAAGUUAGCGUAUGAAACAUUGAUGGAAUAAAAGGUUAUUAAAAGGUUCCCAUUCCAAGAUGAGAGAUGGCUGUAAGUCAUUCUAUGUGCUUACUCUCUAACAGAAGCUAGGAAAAAUUGAAAUUAAAAAAAAAAUUUCUUCCAGUAAAUCUUAAGUGUAACAUUGACACAUAAAGCUGAGUGGAGAAAUGCAACAACAGCAUCUCUUCAUGGUUUUACUUUCGUUUCACAGUAAAGGCUUGGCCAGAUGUAAUGUUAUGAAAGAGCUUCACCUCUUAGCCUGAGGCUGCUGAUGGUGCAAUCGAACAAACCGGUUCAAAACUGGUAUUCUGUGUGUGGGUGUUGAAUCACAUUGACUUCCUCUUUGUUCAAGCAUGUAAAAUUACUUCAAACAAGUAAUUGUCCCCAUUUUGGUGUUGAUUUGAAUAAAUGUAAAGUGUAGCUAACCUGUGGCAUAUUCUGUUGUCUAACUUAAAGUAAAAUUCAACAGGCCUCUGGUUUUCCUUUUGGUUACUAGACUACCAAACUUUAAAAUUUCAUCUCCUUAAAACAGUUCAAAUGGUGAAAAUAAUCUGUGUUUCCAGUUCAGUCAAAAAUUAGACUUUUAAAAAUGUUAUCUGCGAGCCAAUCUAAAGCUAACUCAAGAUCUAAAGCAGUGAGCUGAAAGCCUUAGCUUUGAUGAAGAAUGUGAGCUCCUUAUGGUGUGUGUAUGUUUCUUUGUCUGUUUUUAACCAGUCUCAGGCCUGGCCAGUGUUGCUCAGUGGGGAGGAUUUGAUCGCCAUCGCUCAAACAGGAACCGGCAAAACUCUGGCCUACCUGCUGCCAGGGUUCAUUCACAUGGAGGGACAACCUGUGUGAGUUUAGGAGCUCUCUGUGCUUUUAUGGGUCAUUUCUCAAAAAGGUGAAUGUAUUCAUUUAUAAGUGGGGGUGGGGUCAGGUCAGGUCAGUUUCAAUUCAAAUUCAAGCCUGGGGGAAAUUUGGAGUUAAUGCAGCUUCUAUAUGAUAAUUAUUUAUUUCAAUGACCACACAAUGAUGCCCAACAGAUCUUUGGCUUGUUAUCAAGGAUUACUGUGUAUCAGUAACAGCUUUAAAAUUUUUGGCAGUGAAAGAUGCCACAUGUUUGGAGUCAGAUUGCUCUGCUGGAAGGGGAGAAUUCUGUGUCACAUAAGAGGUGAUUGAGUGCAAGUCUGUAAAAAUGAAAAAGGCGAUGGGUCUUAAUAUUCUUCUUACCUGCUCAGAAUUGGCCAGGAGUUCAGUAAAGUUAUGCUGUGUGCAUUAGUCAGCUGUUGGUCAUUGUUUGACUUUUUCAAACUCUGGAUGCCGGUGUGUGAUUCAAGGGUGGAUUUCUGCUUUCAAUUUGUACUCUUUGCAAAUAGAAUAACUCAUUUAAAGCUUCUUUAUAUCUGGAAGAUUGUGGUAACCAAAGGGCUACCAGACCCUGGCUUUCUGUGACGAUGGGACCAGCCGUAUUACUUGCAGCUCCAGGUGGACAUUUGCAGUUUCAACUUGAUUCAUUUUUGCGGCUACCCUGACAGCCCUAGACACAUCUCUGUGGAACUAAAAAAAAUAGAAAUGUUUAAAAAUCAGUUAUUGGCUUUUUUAAAUGGAGCCAGAUUUGUUAGAAAAACUGAGUAUAACCCUGAUUAUUUUGUCAUUUCUUUUAGAGAUGCCCUGCUUUGUUAAUUGUACAUGAAUUCUGCUCAAACUCUUCUGCUUUUCUUUUUUGAUAGGCCCAGAGCUGAGCGAGGUGGUCCGGGUAUGUUAGUGCUGACUCCUACCAGAGAGUUGGCCCUGCAAAUUGAGGCCGAAUGCAAAAAAUACCGCUUCAAAAGCUACAACAGGUUCAGCUGCCAUUUGUCUGCCAUUCAAGAUACGCUUAAAAUCAUAACUAGUUCUGAUGAAGAGGCAACACAGCCAUGACUUCUCUUUGUGCUUCCUUUGUCUGCAGUGUCUGUAUUUAUGGAGGAGGGGAUAGGAGGGGCCAGAUCAACCUGGUGAAAGGCGGAGUGGACAUUGUGAUCGCCACACCAGGCCGACUGAAUGAUCUACAGAUGAAUGAGCUCAUCAAUCUGAGCUCUAUCACUUACUUGGUGAGCUUUUUGUAUCUCCCAUGCUUGUUGUUGUGUGUCAAUCAAUCAGUCAAAUUGGCUUACAUAGCGCCAAAUCACAACAGUCGUUAUCCCAAGACGCUCAUUGUUUGAUGAAUUACCAAGACCCAACCUUAAGAUGGGACAGAUUUGACCCAUCUCAUCCAACGUGAGUGACAGUGGCAAGGAAAACUUUUUAACAGGCAGAAACCUUGGGAAGGACUAGACUCAUGUUAGACAGCCACCAAGCCGAUGUUGGGUUGAGGAGAAAUACAGAGAGAUAGGGAGGUAGGGAGACAGAGAGAGGAGUAGGAGAGAGAGAGAGUGAGGAGUAGGAGGGAGAGAGAGAACAAGCAAGGGAGAGGGAGGGAGAGAGAAAAGAGAACAAGGGUGCGAGAGAGAGACAGGGGACAAGGAUGAGCAAAAGUUUGGGUGAUGCUAAAUCCAUCAUUUUUAAAACGUGGUAUGAUGUUUAUUUUUAAGACUGCUCAUCCUAAAGAAACCAGUGCACACAUAAUCUGUCCUGUGUAUUAGGUUUGCCUUAUUUUAUAGAAGCUGUGUAUGGCAGUAUUGAUACUAAACUUGACUAAAUUCCCUGAUCACUUUGGAAAGGUGCUGGACGAGGCUGAUCGAAUGCUUGAUAUGGGCUUUGAACCCCAGAUAAUGAAGAUCCUCAUUGACAUUCGUCCAGAUCGCCAGACUGUUAUGACCAGGUAUAAGUCAAGCUCUUCAAAUGAAUACCCCCACAUGAGUCUAAAUGUUGUAAGACAUAAGGAUACCAAUUGGCAUUGUUUUUUAUUUGUUAACUUGUGUGUUUCAGUGCCACUUGGCCCACUGGUGUGAGACGAUUGGCAAAAUCCUACCUGAAAAACCCCAUGAUGGUUUAUGUGGGCACCCUGGACUUGGCGGUUAGUUACUCUCAUUAAAGCCUGUGCUUACACUGGCUACUUAGUCUUAAACGCCUCUAGUCAACACUGAAACCACAGACUGUCUCUUGAUCUAGACUAUUAGUAAAGUAAAUAAGAGCAAAGGUAAAUAUUACAAUAACUUUGGACAAAGAGCUUGAAUCUAUCUUCAGUUAUCAAUUCUCAGUAUUUAUACAUUUGUUUUUGAGGUGCUGUUUUUCUGUCGAAAUGCUUUCAAGCUUUCUGUGUUGCUCUGAAUCCUAGGCAGUUAACACGGUGCAGCAAACAGUGUUGAUAGUUUGUGAAGAGGAGAAAAAGGCCUACCUGUUUGACUUCAUCAGAAACAUGCAGCCUGAGGAUAAAGUCCUCAUCUUUGUUGGCAAGAAGCUUAUGUGAGUAGGGAGUUGGUCACUAACACACUGAUUGUUGCAAGCCAUCGUUGAAGGUAAAUACUAGAGGCAACCAACUACUGACAAUCAAACGGUUAACACUAUUCUUCCCAAUUUCGUUGUGCGACGUAAUCUCAGGGCUGAUGACCUGUCAAGUGACAUGUGCCUGCAGGGUAUGGCUGUACAAAGUCUCCACGGUGACCGUGAGCAGUGUGACCGUGAAGCGGCCCUCAAAGACUUCAAAGAAAGUAUGCAACAGUGAACCAAACUGAGACUCUUGUUAAACAAGACACACCAAGUUAAGGCUGAAAGAUCAAACUGUCCACAGAAUAAAGAGGAAUACACCUUUUUUUCUCAGGUCGAGUUCGUAUCCUAGUCGCCACAGACUUAGCAUCUCGAGGGUUGGACGUCCAUGACAUCACACAUGUCUUCAACUUUGACUUCCCUCGUAACAUAGAAGAGUAUGUACAUCGUGUUGGACGCACUGGUCGAGCAGGGUAAGUGACACUUUACAGGAAACACAUGUUGGAUAAUCACUUCCAAUGUUCUUAAGUCUGUGAUUUUGCUGGUUUGAUGUUACAGGCGGUCAGGUGCAGCUGUUACCCUGGUAACAAGGGAAAACUGGAGGAUGGCUCCUGAACUUAUUCCCAUCCUGGAGAGAGCAGGACAGGUUAGCAGGAACGAAUUUGAUUAACAUAUUAUGAUCAUGAGAUAAGUGUGAGACGUGUUUCACAGUUCUUUUUGAUAGAUACUCAGUAAUAGUAUUUUGUUUGCCAACAAAAAAACUGGUUUUCUUUUAUAGGGAGCAUUAUCAUAAAGUUGUAAUAUUCCAGGUUAAAAAUAAAUGUCCAUCUUACAAGGGUUAAGUGUGUUUAUUCAUGCCGCAGGAGGUCCCAGAGGAGCUGGUGCUUAUGGCAGAGAGAUAUGAGAAGCACAAGAGGGACAGAGAGGCAGAGGGUCCUAGAGGAAGAGGAGGAGGAGGAGGAUGGGGUAGAGGAGACCGUGGAGGAAGAGACAGGGAUCGAGGACAGAACUGGGGAUUCUGAUGGGUGAUUGUUCUGUAAGUUUACAUACAUCACAAUGUUUAGAUGGCACCUUUUUAAAUAGCAGUCUUUUAACAAGUCAUAAAGCAGCAGACAGAAGUGGAAUAUUUACAAUUUUAGACUAAUGUUUCUGUUUUGUUUUUGUUUUUUUCUUCUAAAGCAGAGAGAAACGGGAUCUGAAUUGGCCAGUGUCUUAACUUGUUUUGGAUGUAAAUGCAUCAUCAAUUUUCUUUACUUGACAAAUUUUUUGUUCUUUUGCCGGAUUAUCACAAGUUCUCAUUUUAACGGCUGUUGCACCUUACAAUGUUUUCAACCUGUUUUAAAAAUUGUUUGAAAUUUAAAAGUUGUAUUGUAUUUCUAUUUUUCAGUGUGUAGUAUCACUCUCUAUUUUGUUUUUCUUGGUUUGUGG